GGAAAAAACUUGCUGCUUUCUCUCUCCGUCGGUUGGCAGUGCUUAGCAUCAGCUGCGUCCAUUCUGAGUUUCUCAUCCGUUUUGUGUACCGUUUUCAUACGCCCCAGGACAAGCAAUUUGUGUCGAAUCUUGGCCGCCAACGUUGAGCUGCGAACGCCCGCUGUAUAGCGGCUACUAAUUGCUGUGACGGAGAAGAACGAAAGGCUCUGUGUUGACCCUACCCACUAUCCCAAAAUGCACAGUAAUACUAAGGAAUGGGUGCGUUUCAAUGUGGGAGGCCAACACUUCCUCACCACGAAAGCCACCUUGGCGCGCGACAAGAGCUCCUUUCUCUAUAGAAUUUGUCAGGACGAUCCUGACUUGGAGACCGACAUUGAUGAGACCGGCGCCUACAUGAUAGACCGCGAUCCAACGUUCUUCGCUCCAGUGUUGAACUUUUUCCGCCACGGGAAGUUGAUCAUGGAUAAAAAUCUCCCAGAACAAGGCGUUCUGGAGGAAGCUGAGUUUUUCAAUGUCGCUGAGCUUGUCACGCUCCUCAAAAACCUGAUCUCCGAGCACAAUCGUCCAGAGAACCGGAAUGUCUAUCGUGUUUUACAAUGUCACGAGGAUGAGGUGACUCAAAUGAUCUCAACGAUGAGUGACGGCUGGCGCUUUGAACAGCUGAUACCAAUAGGCUCCUCUUACAACUAUGGGAACGACGAUCAAGCCGAGUUCCUCUGCGUCGUUUCCCGUGAAUGCUCCACCUCUCAAGGGCUGCGGGGUACCGAUCGUGCUCAGCUCAUCCAACAGAAGGCGUCUAGGAUGUGAGAAACAUUGUCGACCGGGGCCAUUACUCGGAGCGGUCAACACCCAGCCACGAGUUUCGUCAUUGCAAAUAUUUGUGUUCUCGUUUUCUUGGGCGAUGACCAAUAUCAGCUCUCACAACAAGCACGACGAAAUCAGAAGAUU